UGGAGCAGCUCUCAGUGCCGUCCAGGCUGAAAGCAUCGGAGCUAUUUCAGACACAUUAAAAGGGUCACAGUCAAUACCUCAGCUGGUAGAAGAAGAUACCUCUUUCAGCAUCAAAAGGAGGGAUAAGCCUCUGUCUUAAAAAUGUCAAAACAGCCAGCGUCACAUGUCAAAGCCAUUCAGGCUAAUAUUAACAUCCCAAUGGGUGCAUUUCGACCUGGUGCAGGCCACCCUCAUAAAAGAAAAGAACUUACACCUGAAGAAGUGGAUGAAAGUGUUCCUGCUUCGACAGAGGAGGAGACAGGCAAGAAACAUCUCCCAGGAGCUAAGAAACUUCCAGGUCCUGCUGUCAACUUGUCAGAGAUUCAGAACAUAAAGAGUGAGCUGAGAUAUGUCCCCAAAGCUGAACAGUAGCUGGAACAAGCAGGUCUGACAAGUGAAAUCUAAUGGAUUCCGAGGAAUGGAGAUAAUUUGAAAUAUUUUAUAUAUUUGUAUAGAU